CAGGGGGCGGGACCUUCCGCCGCUUCCAUCCGGGGAAGGGGCGGAGCUUUCCGGCGUCUCGGAGGGCGGCCGCGACCGGGGUCCUGUCUGGCAGCGGGACUCGGGAGGGGCGCGGCGGCGGCGGCGGCGGCGGUAUGUCGGGGCCGAACGGGGAGCCGCACGGGCCUGCGGGAAACGUCGGGCGGGGCGAGGAGGGGGAGGAUGACGGCUUCGGGGAGACAGAUGAACCACAAACUGGAAGGGGCUGCUAGCACUUUGGAGGACAGGAUUGGAAUUCAGAAUGACCUUGACAAAUCCCUCUUGCAGUGUGGAUCCCUGUCUAGCGGAAGCUGGCCAGAGCCCAACCACUUACUUGAGAGAUUACCAAACAGCUGCCAGAUGGCAAUUCCUUCCUGGUCUGUGACACAGAGAAUAUGCAGCAAUAAACUCCAUGCUGGACCAGAUCAACUCCUGUUUGGAUCACCUGGAGGAGAAGAAUGACCAUCUGCAUGCCCGCUUGAAGGAGCUGCUGGAAUCCAACCGUCAGACACGCCUGGAGU